CCCCGGCCCGCCCCCGCGGAACCCGGAGCCGGAGCACUGGGUUGGCCAGGCCCGAGCGGGCCCGAGGCGGACGUGAGCGGGGUCGGACCAAGAUGGCGGUGCAGGUGGUGCAGGCGGUGCAAGCGGUUCAUCUGGAGUCGGAUGCUUUCCUCGUCUGUCUCAACCACGCUCUGAGCACCGAGAAGGAGGAGGUGAUGGGCCUGUGCAUAGGCGAGUUGAAUGAUGACCCAAGGAGUGACCCCAAAUUUACAUAUACUGGAACUGAAAUGCGCACAGUUGCUGAAAAGGUCGACGCCGUGCGAAUUGUUCACAUUCAUUCUGUCAUCAUCUUGCGACGUUCCGAUAAGAGGAAGGAUCGAGUGGAAAUUUCUCCCGAGCAGCUGUCUGCGGCCUCCACAGAGGCAGAGAGAUUGGCUGAACUCACAGGUCGCCCGAUGAGAGUCGUGGGCUGGUAUCACUCCCACCCCCACAUAACUGUUUGGCCUUCACACGUUGAUGUUCGCACACAAGCCAUGUACCAGAUGAUGGAUCAAGGCUUUGUAGGACUUAUAUUUUCCUGUUUCAUAGAAGAUAAAAACACAAAGACUGGCCGGGUACUCUACACUUGCUUUCAAUCCAUACAGGCCCAAAAGAGCUCAGAGUCCCCUCAUGGUCCACGAGACUUCUGGAGUUGCAGCCAGCACAUGUCCAUUGAGGGCCAGAAGGAAGAGGCAAGGUAUGAGAGAAUUGAAAUCCCGAUCCAUGUUGUGCCUCACGUAGCCGUUGGGAAGGUGUGCCUCGAGUCAGCGGUUGAGCUGCCCAAGAUCCUCUGCCAGGAGGAGCAGGACGCCUAUAGGAGGAUCCACAGCCUUACACAUCUGGACUCAGUGACCAAGAUCCAUAAUGGCUCAGUGUUUACCAAGAAUCUGUGCAGUCAGAUGUCCGCAGUGAGCGGGCCUCUGCUUCAGUGGCUGGAGGACAGACUGGAGCAGAACCAGCAGCAUCUGCAGGAGCUGCAACAAGAAAAGGAAGAGCUGAUGCAGGAACUUUCUUCUCUGGAAUAAAGCGGAAGCCAAAAUGAGGGAGGAUGGAAACAUCGGGUGUCAAAUUCAGCAAGAAGAACAAUUUGGAGAUUUCCUCUGAUGCCGCAGUCGUCCGCACGGUCCCGUGGACGCCCGACUGAUUUCGGCACAAAAGCCGCUCAGCGCAGGAAGGACGGUCUUUCCACGGAUGAUGCUGGAGCAAUUGGCGAAACUCAAAAAACCCACUUUGACGAAACCGCAUACCUUACACAAAAUUCACUUCAAAAUGUGUCAUGAACUUGGAUGUAAGAUAUUAAACUCUAAAACUUUUCGAAAAAAAUCAUAGAAAAAUCUUUAGAAUCUCGGGCUAGGCAACAGGUUCUUGGCCUUCACUCUGAAAGCAUAAUCCUCAAAGGAAAAAGUGGAUAGAUUGGACUUAAGAUGAAAAACUCUGCAAAAAAAUUUAAGAGGAGGAAAUUACUGAGAGAAAUUAUUUGCAAACCAUUUAUCUAAAUCAAUUUAGACUAUAUAAAGUGAGGAGUAAACAACAAUUAGAAAAUGAGCAGAAGACUUGAAUAGACAUCACUAAAGAGGGUACAUGGCUGGCAAGCCAGCACUUCCUUAGUCAUCGAGGCAUGAGAUUAAAACUAUAAUGAAUUAUGUCUACCUUCUUAACCAAUGGAUUAUGACUACACACUUAAUAGUGAAAAUACCAGUUGCUGUUGAGCAUGCAAACUGGAUCUCUCAUACACUGCGGACAGGGUGUAAAGUGUAAGCCACUCUGGACAAAAGAGUUUGGAAAUUUCUAAUAAAGUUAAACACACACAUACUUUAUUACCCAGCAACUGUUUUCCUGGAUACUUUUCCCAAAGAAGUGAAAACCUAUUUUGGCACAAGUCCUUAUACAGAAACAUUCUUAGCAGCUUCGCUUGUCAUAGCCCGAGACUGGAAACAGCCUCCAUGUCCUGCCGUUGAGUGGGUGGGUAAAGCGUCCACCCACAUCAUGGAAUACUAGUGUGCCAGGAAAAGGAACCGAGCAGUCACACGACUCGGGUGGACCUCAAGGGUGUUAUGAUGACUGAAGAAAGCCGGUCUCCAAAGGUCACAUGGUGUAUAAUUGCAUUCGUACAGCAUUCUUAAAACGGGAAUCUCUAUCUGGGCUAAAAUUACAGCCCCCCCAAAUGAAUGCAUGGAAAAUCUGGUGAAUGCGAAUAAGGUGUGUAGUCUAAUUAGCCACUGUCACCAUGUUGGGGAAACUGCGUGAAGGGUACAUGGGACUCAUUGUACUAUUUUUGCAACUUCCUGUUAAUCUAUAAUUAUUGCAAAAUAAAAAGUUGUAAGUAUUAAAUAAGGAA